AUGAAGUCCUCCGUCUCGGUCCUGUACCCCAACGAGCAGGUCUCGCGCAAUGUGACGGCGUACUCGGAGAGCAGCUCGACGCCGCUACCGGCACACAUUGUUGCGUACCAUGACCACAUCGACACCACGCAGCCCGAGACGUCGAUGCUCAUGAUCAGCAACUUUCAAGCGCAGAACCAUAUCUGGCUCGCCAAGUUGAUUGGGGCAAAGCGAGUCCUGGAAAUCGGCGUAUACGUCGGCUACUCCGGCAUGGUCUGGUCCCACGCCGUCGGCCCCAACGGCACAGUAACGGGCCUCGAGUUCGACGCAAACUACGCAAAGCAAGCCCAGGAAGCCUGGGCCGCCAACGGCAUCAAGAACGCAUCCGUCAUUGUCGGCGACGCCCUCCAGACCCUGCCGACCCUCCAGCCCGACGAGCCCUACGACCUAAUCUUCAUCGACGCCCAAAAGUCAGGCUACCCUUCGUACCUCUCCACGAUCCUCUCCGCCUCGCCCGCCUCCGGGGGCAAGCGCCUGCUGCGCGCGGGCGGCCUGAUCGUCGCGGACAACGUGCUGCGCCGCGGCAUCGUCGCGGACGACUCGGACGGCAACCCGUGGGUGCAGCGCGAGAAGGGGGAGCGGGCGGCGUACUGGAAGAGCGAGGACGUGGAGAAGCUGCGCGAGUUCAACCGCAUGGUGAGGGAGGACGAGAGGCUGGACAGCUGGCUGAUGCCGCUCUAUGACGGGGUUCACCUUGCGCGGUUGGUGGACUAG